AAUACCUCGCCGCAGUCACGAUCGCUCUCUCCCUUUGCCGCUCUGCCUUUACAGGCAGUGGUACUUCCACCUAAAUGCGGACAGUGACAGAGCACUCCAAGAGAAGAGGCUGUGCACGCGGUGGGUGGCGUGCUGACCGGCUGCCCAGGAGGGUCUCUUCAGUAGAGACAGGGUGGCAACUUGACUACAAAGAAGGCUGAAUUAGAAACCUUGCACGCGAAGGGCGCAGAUCAGUAUACAUUUUUGUCUUCUUUUGAAGUAUUUUUUUACUAGAGGACGAUAUAUUCCUCUUGUCACCAAAGCAAAAAUGGGAUGCGGAGAGAAACCAAAAAUGCGAUACUCAUAGUGGACUAUCUUAACUCCACAGAUAUUGUGGAAAUAGCACUGUGAUAAAGUGUAGGCGCGGGGCAAUUUUAUUUGAAUUGUCAUUUUCACUGUAUUGGAAUAACUUAAAAUCAAUGGAGAUGGCAGCGCAGCCCCAGUUGGCAAAGAGCGCCGACAGCCCGGCGGAGGACAUCUCAAAGCUCACGGAUGAGGAAUUGCUGAAGUGGACUAAAGAGGACUUGGUGCGCCGCCUCCGGAGGGCUGAAGCCGAAAAGAUGAGCGUCAUAUUGGACCACGGAAAUCUGAUCCGGGAGGUGAACCGCAGGCUCCAGCUGCAUCUGAACGAAAUCCGCGGACUUAAGGACGUGAACCAGAAGCUGCAGGAGGACAACCAGGAGCUGCGCGACCUGUGCUGUUUCCUGGACGACGACCGGCAGAAGGGCAAGCGGGUGUCGCGGGAGUGGCAGCGGCUGGGCCGCUACAGCGCCGGCAUCAUGCGCAAGGAGGUGACGCUCUACCUGCAGAAGCUGAAGGAGCUGGAGGCGCGCCAGGAGGAGGUGCUGAAGGAGAACCUGGAGCUCAGGGAGCUGUGCCUCAUGCUGGACGAGGAGAAGGGGGCCGGAGGAGCGGGCGCGGCGGGGGCGGGGCCCGGGACGGCGGGCUGCCGGAACUCGGUGGACAGCCAGGGCGGCCCGUUCCCAGCCUCGGCCCUGGGGGCGGGGCUGCUGCGGGACCUGGGCGACGGGAGCAGCACCUCCAGCGCGGGGAGCACGGGCAGCACGGACAGCCCCGACCACCCGCAGCACAGGCCUCAGCUCCUCGCCCCCGCCCCCGCGCCCGCAGGGGGCAGCCCCGAGCACGCGCACAAGCCCCGCCCCGCGCCCGGAGGGGGAGGGGGGGAGGGCAGGCGCAGGAGCGCCAGCCCGGACUUCCCCCUGCUCCCCUCCUGCCGGCCCCGCUGCGGCUCCCUCCCCGGCCCCGACCACAAGGCCCUGCGGGGGCCCAGCCCGGAAAAGCCCGGAAAGGGCGGGGCCCGGGGGAGCCCCGAGCCGCACGCCAAGCACGGCGCCGCGGAGACGCUGGCUCAGAAGCACCUGCUGGGGGCGGGGCAGGGCAGCCCCGAGCACUUCCAGAAGCACAGGGCGGGCGCGGGGGGGUCCGGCUGCGGGAGCCCCGAGCCCAAACACGCCCCGGCGGGCACCCCCGAGCACCUGCAGAAAGGGCGCGUGGGCGGGGCCAGCCCGGAGACUCUUAGGCACCAGUACAGCUCCGGUCCCGAGCACCUCAAGUUCGGCAGCCCCGGCAGGGAGGCGGCGCAGAAGAGGCCGGGGGGGGAGGAGCUGUCCCCCCACCACCGGAGCCUCUAUAACGGCGUGAGCGCUCUAAUAUCGGCUGGCUGUUGCAGUGCCUCUUGUAGAAGCGUAAAGCUUUGGGACAGCUUCGAUGCAUCUUGACCCCAGCCUCCCCUGGAUCCAGCUCUAGGCGUUUGGGAAUGACCAUCGUCCCAGCCUUCAGAGAGACUGACGCUUCCUUCCUCUUAAGUGCUCAAUAAAAACCUGCCCACUUCAGAAAGCACUGUUGCCCCUGGAAACCAUUGAUUCUCAUUAAUGUAGACCACACCCCCCAAGCCACCUCUGAACUUUGUCAUUGCACAUCAAGGACCCAGAGUUACCAUUGUUUCUGGAGAUAUGGAAAAACACUAGAGUCUUAUAUGGAAUAUGCCCUCUGUUGGCAAUGGAAUAGUCCUACCUCCUUGAACAGAAUGCAUAAAAACAACUGGACACAAACACUUUAAACGAAAAAUACAUCCUCCCCGAAUGUUUACAGAAACUGCUACAACUAGAGUGGCUACAUGCUGAGAAAAUUCCGAAUCAACCGUCCCCGCCCCCACCCUGGGACACCCCCUGUUCCCAACCCGGCCCCCUCCGGUCCUGGAAAUUCAUAAUUUCUGCGAAGCGGUGAGACAGAAAUAACUGAAUAUUCCUCUGCCAGUGAAACCCGCACAAUUAUGCUGCGUUCCCCAUUGAGUGAGUGUUCAUCUCCACUAAAGAUACGGCUUCAGGCAUCGCGCUGUUUGUUUGUUUGUGAGGGGGCUGAACUGCACACAUAAUACCAAGCCCAACAGCUACUUUGUAAUCCUGUGAUCUUUUUUAUUUUUGUUGACAGAUAUAUUAAAAAAAGAACUUAAAUCUUUAUGUUUUUAACAGAAAAUGACAGAGUAGUUUAACUGCUAGUUUUCUAAAUACAAUUAUAACCAUUAUUAUUUUUGAUGUACUGGUAUUAUUAUAAGAGAAAAAAUGAUUAUACUAAGAAAUGUAUGUAUGAUAUAAUAAAGGGUCUUUAUGUAAAAGG